UUCGGUUCCUUCACCCACACUCUCUCUCUCUCUCUCUCCAUAUAUAUGCAUAUAUUAUUUGUAUUUUAAUUUUAAUACUUAUCUUAAUUCUCCACUUUCAUCCUUUGAUUCCUUUCCAUCGUAUAUACAAGCAGAAAUUAUUUUUUCAGGGGAAAAAAGAUCGAUGAAGUUUUCGAAGAGGUUGCGUAGUUUGAGCAGCCGUAUAGAGGAGGUGCUUCCUGAAUGGGAAGGCAUGUUCUUGUCGUACAAGGAUCUGAAGAAGCAGCUCAAGGUGGUUUAUCCCAAAGAGGGUGAGACUAGCCGGCCCAAUAAACGGCAGAGGCUGGAUCAGGAAACGGAGGGUCAGGGUGUGGAUUCCUCGGCCGGCGCGGAGGCGCCGCCGGAUGUGACGGAUUUCGAGACCCUUUUGGGGAAGGAGAUCGAAAAGUUUAAUGGGUUCUUCAUGGAUAAGGAGGAAGAGUAUGUUAUCAGAUUGAAGGUGCUGAAAGAAAGAGUGGCAGAUUCAAAUGAUUCGUGUGAAAAGCUGAUGAAAGUAGGUAGAGAGAUAGUAGAUCUUCAUGGAGAGAUGGUUUUGUUGGAGAAUUACAGUGCCCUUAACUAUACAGGGUUAGUUAAGAUUUUGAAAAAAUACGAUAAGUGUAGUGGCGCUCUCCUUCGCUUACCUUUCAUACAAAAGGUGCUCGAAGAGCCGUUCUUCAACACUGAUGUACUCAAACAGCUAAUGCGGGAGUGUGAGACACUGCUGCGAGAUAACCUCAAGAAAGCCAUAACCGAGAAUAACGAGGAGAGGCCUCUCAAAGUCCCCGAGGAACUGGCUGAAAUAGAAAACGUGGGGAAUAUGUACCUGAACCUUACGAACUCAGCGCUGCAGACGUUGGAGGAGAUCAGAAGCGGAAGCUCAACUGUGAGCGCAUUUUCUCUGCCACCUCUGCAUAGGACUGACAUGGACGAGGCUUGGAAGAAAUCUCAGGUCGUCGAACAAGCAGCGAAAUAGUCAUCCUGCCCCCACACAUGCUUUUCUGGAUAGGAUGUUCCAAACAACAUUUAGGUUGCUUUUUUCCGUUUGAUGUAAUCUGUAAUGCUGUGUGGUUUUUAAAGCUUCAUGUGGUUUUGAUACAAGUAUAAAGAAGAAUAUUUGGUUGCUUGUGCUAUCUUCCCUAUCUAGAUUGCUCAGGAUUGAGGCA